GGGCCGCUGUUGCUCAGCCUCAUGGUGGCGCAGGUGCUCCUGCUGCUGCAGCUGAAGAAGACCGUUCUGCACCCGCUGCAGGUGAUGCUGCUCGUGGCCCUCACGGUGAAGAUGGAGGCCACCAAGCUGUUACGCGACUACAAGCAGACGAUGCUUGACUCCAUCAAGUCCACGGUUGACGACGCUAUCAACCCCUUCGCCGAGCAGCUCUCCAAACACGCCGAGUACGCUGCUGAGCUGGCCCAAGGUGUUAAGGACCUCCCCAAGAUGGUUGAUGAUGCUGCUGCUAAGCGUCUGGAUGGCCAGAGUCGCCGCCUACAAGAACAACUAGACGGGAUGCACAUUCGGCUGCGAGCCCACGAGACCCGACUGGACACCCACGACUCUGACAUAUCCUUCCUCAAGGCCGAGAUCAAGAAGCUGCACGAGCUCCUCGCCGUCGCCAAUGACGUUCCCAAGGCUCCGCUGGUCUCCGCCGCAGAUUUCGAUCGUGAUACCGACCCGUGCGUCGUCAAAGUCAUCGCGGCCAAACUCACGGCCCUCGAGCAUGUACAUCAUACCCUUUCUGAUUGGAUCGCCGAGGUCGGUGUCGAGGCGAAAUUCUUCAAGAUCUCCUCGUCAGAGGCCUCAGCCGCAGCUUCUCCGUCGACUUCGUUGGAGCUCCUGCCCCUGCUGCCCGUCGGGUUGCCGAAGUUCUCGCCGCUCAACGUCUGGGACCUGGUCAAUGGAAGCGCUUCGAGACCACCGCCGCAGAUGGGCAGACCACAGCUCUUCAUAUCG